CUGUUUCUUUUACUUUCCCUUCCGGUGUAAGUAAAGCGGAAGCGCGCACGAGCCCGGUAGGGCGGGCGGAGGAAGAUGGCGAAGACUUACGAUUAUCUAUUUAAACUACUACUAAUUGGGGAUAGUGGGGUCGGUAAGACAUGUCUUUUGUUCCGCUUCAGUGAAGAUGCUUUUAAUACGACGUUCAUCUCUACGAUCGGAAUUGAUUUUAAAAUAAGAACAGUAGAACUGGAUGGAAAGAAAAUCAAACUGCAGAUAUGGGAUACAGCAGGGCAAGAAAGAUUUAGAACCAUCACAACAGCAUACUACAGAGGAGCCAUGGGUAUCAUGUUGGUGUAUGACAUCACAAAUGAAAAGUCAUUUGAAAACAUAAAAAACUGGAUAAGGAACAUCGAAGAGUUGGCAAUAGACUAUGGAAUAAAAUUUUUGGAGACUAGCGCAAAGUCAAGCAUUAAUGUUGAAGAGGCAUUCUUCAGUCUUGCACGAGAUAUCAUGACAAAGUUGAAUAGGAAGAUGAAUGACAGCAAUUUAUCAAGUGGAGGUGGACCAGUUAAAAUAACUGAAGGUCGGUCGAAAAAGAGCAGUUUCUUCCGAUGUCUGUUGCUCUGAUGGCAUUCCUAACAAAGACUGCAGCACACCUAGGAGAGUUUUCUGCUUCUCUAAAAGCAUAGCAUUGCUCUGGCUCAGAAGUACCAUACCAGCAGCAGCUGCUGAGAGCUCCAUGGUCAUUUGCUCACUGACGAACUGUGGAGCAGAAUAUAGAGGUGCAACAGCCCCUUGAUGUGCCAGGCUCCUUCUUACAAAACAGGAAGCAGUAGAGUGGAGACGUGAAUUCUGACUUGUUUCUUCAGUUUUCUUAUGCCUGUUGCAAAAAACUGCCAAGUUUCUUAAAAAUUUGCACAUUGGUUUUAGCCUGUGGAUUGCCUGUGAUAGCACAGUCUUAAUGCAUUGUUUGACUACAAUGUUGCAGUGUAUAAUAUUUACAUUGGUUUGAUUACUUGCAAAUUAUUGCCUUUCCAUUGAAUACCAAAUCCUCUGACUUGUUAGGAUGCUUUGUUUAUUCCCUCAUGGAAAGUCAUUGUAAAAUAACUUAGUCUAUCAAAUUUCAGACUAACAAAAAUUGCCUCACUUCCCCUGAAAAUCGUUUUUUUAACCUGUUAUUACCUAUUCUUAACUGUAACAGUUGUGCCGUUUAAUUAUGCAUGCCAGGAUUUCCAUCCUUGUGCAGUGCAUAUUUAAUUACUUUUAAAAACAGUAUUGACUAAUAGAAAUUAGCACUGUUAAUCAUUUCAAGUUUUAAAUGCACUGCCUGACUUGUGUAAGCUACUGCUUGACUAUUAUAUUCUGUGUGUAGAAAUGUAGUAUUAAUUUUUCUGUUUCUUUUUUAAAUGUUACAAAUUAAAGACUAUUAUUUUUGCUAACACGA